GGGGGCGGGGCCACCGCGGCGGGGCCGGCGGGUGGCGCAGAGGCGGCCGCCGCCAUGUCCAUCUUCACCCCCACCAACCAGAUCCGCCUCACCAACGUGGCCGUAGUGCGGGCGCGGCGCGGCGGCAAGCGCUUCGAGAUCGCCUGCUACCGCAACAAGGUCAUGGGCUGGCGGAGCGGAGCGGAGAAAGAUCUCGACGAGGUCCUGCAGACACACACGGUGUUUGUCAACGUUUCCAAAGGCCAGGUGGCAAAGAAGGAAGAUCUCGUUCAAGCGUUUGGCACGGAUGACCAAACAGAAAUCUGUAAGAUGAUUUUAUCAAAAGGGGAGCUGCAGGUAUCGGACAAAGAACGACACACACAGCUGGAGCAGAUGUUUAGAGACAUCGCGACUAUUGUGGCUGACAAAUGUGUGAAUCCUGAAACAAAGAGGCCAUACACAGUAAUCCUUAUAGAAAGAGCUAUGAAGGAUAUUCACUAUUCUGUCAAACCACACAAGAGCACGAAGCAGCAGGCACUGGAAGUGAUCAGACAGUUAAAAGAGACCAUGCAAAUUGAACGUGCUCACAUGAGGCUGCGAUUUAUUCUUCCAGCAAAGGAGGGGAAGAAACUGAAAGAGAAGCUCAAGCCACUGAUAAAAGUUAUUGAGAGCGAAGAUUUUCAUGAACAGUUUGAAAUUGUGUGCCUUAUUGACCCGGGCUGCUUCAGAGAGAUUGAUGAGCUGAUCCGGAGUGAGACAAAAGGGAAAGGAACACUGGAAGUGCUCAGCCUGAAAGAUGUGGAAGAAGGAGAUGAAAAGCUUGAAUAAUGAAAACCUUCCUGCAGCAGUUCUACUUUAACAACAUGCUAUGAAGCGACUGGCAUUAGCCACUCUCCUCUGUUAGGCCUUCAUGUUUUUUCCAAUCUCUUGCUGCCAAAUAUUUUCUGACACUAAUCCUUUGAGAUUUUUCCAUGCAGUGCGUUGGGGGUUUUUUAUCAUUUUACACUUGCUUGGUUUACAGAUGUCUUUGCCUGUAGGAACAUUUUGUGUCAGAGUUGCACUAAGGAGGAUUGAGUUAAGACAUGAUACAGAAGUUACUCUAGCUUUGGUUUACUUUAAAGUUUGCUAUUGAAGAGUGUUUGACUGAUACAGUGCCAAUCAUUUUUACUUUAAGUUGUCAGUGUUGAGUGGAAGAUUGCGUAGGUCAUUGAGAGGUGGGUUUUGUAUGUGAGGAAAGGAACCUUAAGAGAGCUGCAUUUUCACUUCUAAACAGGUGCAAAUUGUGCAUCAUGUCUAAAAACUAAUCUCUUGGCAGCAUGAAAACUGAUUUAGACUUCCAUAAUUGGCUGCUUGACAAUUAGAGUACUUUAAAGGACCAUUCUUAAAAGAUUCCCUUCACUGGAUAUAACAGUACUUGCUGACUUAGAAACAAUGUUCUCCAAAUAACUUAUUCAUAAAAUAUAUUUAGCUAUAUUAAUAAAAAUUAAUUAUCUAUUUAUAUAUUAUAGAUACAGAAAGAAAUAAAUUAUUUUUGUUAAUAGUAUAGGAGGUAUCUCUGGCUGUGGCAAUGCUUUCUGUAGGCUGCAGGGGUGGGGUAGCCUGCACUGGUGAACAGUUCUCGUUCACAGGAUAAAAUGAAUCUCAAACAGGCAGUGGUGGCCCCUGGCCUCAAGCUAGGCAGGCUUUUGUUGGACCAUAAUUCCCUAGCAGUAACUGUUUGUGUGUGCCCCUUUUUAGUGCGAUAGAGAACAAUUCUGGCAGCUGUCCUUUAUCCUCUGUCUUUUUAAUCCAUACACAGAAUUUCCAGCCAGCUCCUGAGGCACGUUAUAUACUCAAUAAUUCUGUUAAAUCUUGUUUCAGCUGUGUUAAAGAAAUACUUUUAAUUUGAAGUUGUGUAUUUCAAAGAAGAGGGGAAGAGGACAACAACUGGAGAAAGGAGAUACUAAAAAUAGAGAUCAUCAAGCAAAGCAUGUUUGCUUGGGUGACUAAAAGCUAAACCAGCAGGAACUUAAGAAGCCUUUGGUAUUACGUACCUGUUUCCAUGCUGAUGGUACGCAGCAGGUCAGGAGCUGCAGGCUAGCCCACAGCUAGAUCUCUCCAGAUGAGCCUGUGUUGUGUUCACUGUUUGCUGUUUACUUUUCGAGUGCAUGACACUGCCUGUUACGUGACAACUAAACAGAACUCUGGUUUGUACUCUUGACACGACCUUUUCCUUUGCACCAUUAACAAGUUGUGAAUUUUCUAGAAUUUAAGCAGAGGGAGUGGAAGUCAGCUGGAGGAGGAAAGGUUUAACGUGUUGGGUGCAGAGGGCCUGCAGGACUAGAUCCUUAGUCAAAGGCUUCCUUGUGGAAGCUGAUUUCUGCAGCAGUCUAUUGACAUGAACUUGUGCAAGGUUGGGUUAAAUCUCGUUAGUAAUAUUUUGGAAGGACUUGGACACUAUAGGAGUUUUGCUGAGGGCCAGUGAAAUGAUGAUUCUGGAACCAUUUUAUCCAUUUUGAAAUGCUUUCUCUUGCCACCAGGGUAAUCUUCCGUGAUGUUUAAAUGCUGCCUAGGAAAGUUUAGUGGCAUAAUUACUAUAUUGGCCACGUGGACACAGCCUCGAUGUGGAGACCUCUACAUGCAUGGACAGACAGAUUGGCAGGAUUCCUCAUGUGUACAAACCCUUAACUGCUUCUUUUUCAAAUGGCCAUCUCUUCAUGUGUACUUUAUGAAGCACUGGAGGUGAUAAUGUUGAUAUUUAGCUUGUCACUGGCAAUUAGCACUAACAUGCAGUUCAUAAGUUUGCAGAUGUGGACCCUCAGAUGAUAUUGUGUCAGUAAUACUUGAUCUCACAAUCCUAUAAUUUCUCGUUUCUACAUUCAUCACCUAGAGCACGAUAGGAUGGCUGCAAGUUAAAGAUCUUGAGUUACAGAAACUUAAUCUAAGCUGAUGUAUGAACCUGGUGCUAGGAAGGCAAUUUCCUUAUGAAGUCUUUUUCUGCAAAUCAAACAUUAAGGAUUUUCUCUGGUAGAGGGAGCUCGGUUUUAUUUAUCAACAGAUAAAUGUACAUGUUUGCAGUUCUUGUCAUAUUUAUAGUUCAGCAAGAAUGUAUACUAAGCAUCAAAAUAAAUAUCAGUAUUGGUAGCUA